AUGAUCUAUAGGCUCAGAAAGACUGGUAAAAUCGAUGCAGACGUUUUGAUGAACUCCAUGCUUCAGUGGCCACUGACCGAAAUCGACCGAUGCUCAAGAAUUGACUUGUCGGUGGCCAUCGAUAAGACAUUCCGUGAUCGGAAAAGUUUCGCCGAGUGCCAAUUCCGCAGUGGUGGUAGUAGCACAGAGAAACAAGUCCAUAACUUCCUAGUUUAUAAGAGAGCCUCGAAUUAUGAAAUGGUGUAUGAAAGUAUCUGUGGAGGAAAUGCUAUUUUCCAUCAUCCUUAUGACAACUCUCAACAAAUUUUGCAGGAAAUUCGUUUAUUCCGAACAAAUCUCGCCGAACUGUGCAAUUACGAUUGGGUACCGGUGCCGUUGGCUUAUCCACAGGUGGUAUUUCUCGCAGUCCGUGUUUAUUUCAUCAUUUGCCUCGUAGCACGUCAGUAUAUUAUUGGUGAUCAGGCAGCCAAUAAAUCACCGAUUGAUCUGCGCGUUCCGUUUAUGACGAUGCUUCAAUUCGUUUUCUAUAUGGGAUGGGUGAAAGUGGCUGAAUCACUGCUUAAUCCGAUGGGCGAAGACGAUGACGAUUUCGAAGUGAACUUCCUCAUCGAUAAAAAUAUCGCUACAGCACUUCGAAUUGUGGACGAAGGAUAUAAUUCAUAUCCUGACCAAAAGAUAGAUCCGUUUAUGUGUGUAAACGAGCCAUUAUACUCCACUGCAACUGCACAUCGUCCUGUUGGUGAACUUGUUGGUUCGGUUGCUGCAGUGAAUCUCGCAGAAGAGGGAACAGUUAAGAUGGUGCCACACGAACCAGACCAUGCAAAAAACGAUCAGUCAGCAGCAAACCAUAGUUCACUUCAUCUACGCAAUACAGCUGCACACAGACCAAGAGCUAAAUCAUGUCGUCCCACCAUGGUGGACGGACCGAUCAAUGCUGGCGAACCCGUAAAAAAGAGGUCAAAAUCAAUUUUCACCACAACCCCUGUCUCUCCAGUUGGAGAAUUCGCACGUCAAUGGUCAGUACCACCGUCAACGAAGUUCGAAACAGUGGGUGAAUUAGAUGAGGAAAAAGAGGAAAGAAGCAACGUUUGA